AUGGAUGGCUACUGCCACAGGCAAAGCCUCAAAGCCUUUGUGCCUGCGACGGCAUGGGUGGACAGGAAAAACCGACCGCUCUUCGAGGAGAAAAAAUCGGAAUAUCGAACCCGAUGCGUCAGUGGAAGGAAUGUGCCCGUUGGAAACUCAGAGCCUCGAUUGAACCCAGUGCCUCCAGUCCAGGAUCUCAAGCCAGAGCCCAGGAAAGCAGGCAUGCUCGUUCGAUGGGUGUGGAAGUGCCGUGCCCGACUUGAUCACUUGACGGAAACGUGA